AUGGCCGGUGCAGAGAACAGUUCCGCCGCAGCGGCUCACGAGCCACCCCACGUGUACAAGGCAAACGAUGGCUACGAUCCGUCAGUGCACCAGGAGGUCCCGCACGGUCUGAAGAACCCUGCCACCCAAGAAUUCGUCCAAGAUGACGAUGAGGAAGACUACGACGAGAUCUUCAAUUCCGAUGACGACCUCGGCGACGACGCCGAUGGAGAUUUGACCAAGAACUACAACCGCCAGAGACAGCUCAACGGUGGGAGCGCCUUACCAAGAUCAAACCAGCAGAAGCCUACCGCCAACACCUUCGCCAGCAUCGACGACCAGAUCAAGAACCUCUCCAAACAUGCCGCCAAAAUCAGACUUGACGAUGUCAAGGAGAGCCAAGACAGGGACAAGGACAAGGCCGACAGAGCCACGAGCGACCAGGUCUUGGAUCAAGGAACCCGAAUGAUCCUCCUGCGACUUAUCCAGAAGGGAGUCGUAGGCGAGAUCAAUGGCGCCAUCAGUACUGGAAAGGAGGCAAACGUAUAUGGUGCCGUGUUAGAAGACCAGGGCGUGCGUACACAACGUGCUGUCAAGAUCUACAAGACGGCCAUUCUCAGCUUCAAGGACAGGGAGCGAUACAUCACCGGAGAGCACCGAUUCAAAUCUGGCGCCGCCAAGGGAAAUAACCGCAAGAUGGUUCAAUUAUGGGCAGAGAAGGAAUUUAGAAAUCUGCGAAGGAUACAUGCGUCUGGUAUUCCAUGUCCCGAGCCCAUCCAUCUGAAGCUCCAUGUAUUAGUCAUGAGCCUCUUGGGUGACCGCAGAGGUUAUGCCUUCCCACGACUGCACGACACCCGCAUCGCCGGCGACGAUGCCGACCAACAGUGGAGGUCCUUAUACCUGCAGCUCAUGGGAAUUAUGCGUCGCAUGUACCAAGUAUGCAAGCUGGUGCACGCCGAUCUCAGCGAGUACAACAUUCUCUACCACGACCAGAAGCUCUACAUCAUUGAUGUAUCACAAAGUGUUGAACACGACCACCCGCGAUCUUUGGAGUUCCUACGUAUGGACAUCAAGAACACUGGAGAUUUCUUCCGCAAGCAAGGCGUGGACACACUGAGCGACCGCGCCAUCUUCAAUUUUGUUACCGCUUCCGAGGGCACAGUUGAAGAGCCCGCAAUGUCAGAAGCACUUGAGCGGUUGUUUUCUACACGCGAAGCCGUUGAUGAUACUGAAGCUGCCCAGGCUGAGCAAGAAGUGGAUAACGAGGUGUUUAGAAACCAGUACAUCCCGCAAACGCUAGAACAGGUCUAUGACAUAGAAAAGGAUGCUCAGAAGAUCGGAGCUGGUGAAGGAGAUCAACUCAUUUACCGAAACCUUCUCGCGGACCAAGCUGUUGUGCCCGGUGGUGAAGCUGCAAAAAGCGCAGAAGGUGAAACAGCAAGUUCCGAAGAUGAGGAGGGCGAUGGUGCCGCAUUGGACAGCGACGCAAGCGACGACGAUGAAAGUAGAUUCGAAAAGGGUACACCGCGUGGAAAGCGAUUUGUCGAUAAGGAUGACAAAAAGGCACACAAGGUGGCAAUCAAAGAGGAGAAGCGGGAGAAACGGAAAGAGAAGAUGCCCAAACACCUCAAGAAGAAGCUUGUCUCGUCAUCUUCUCGUAAAGCAAAGAAAUAG